UUGAAAUUAGUUUCUGCUUGGCAGCAGUCACUUGAGGAUUUUCUCUCUUAGUGGAAGGGAAGGAAAAAACCCUGCAGCAUGUAACUGAACUAAAUGGGAACUGAAUGUAAGGGAGAAUCUGAUGCAAACUUACAGCUCGUUUUUGGGACUCAGUGACAUAGAUAACCAGGGUAAAUGCGAUGAUGGUCUAUGCAUCUAUGAGAGAGUAAACCAGCAUUUCUGAGUUUUUAACCUUCCUUUGUAGUAGCAGUUAAAAUGUUCUGAUCUACGUUCUGCCUUGGUGCUGGCUUUUUUUUUUUUCUUUUUUUCCCCCACUGAAAAGCCAAAGGAGGAUUUCAAAGGGAUGCAAAAAGAACAGCUUUAAAAGCAGGAGGGUGAAAGGGGCUCUCCAUAAGAUGAAUUUCACCCAGCAGCGUGGGACGCUCCAGCCUCUCCACUUCUGGAACCACAGCUACGCACCGCAUGGAGGUGCCAGCGAGCCGAACGCCAAGGGCCACUCCUCGGGAGGCUGCUAUGAGCAACUCUUUGUUUCCCCUGAAGUGUUUGUGACUCUGGGCAUCAUCAGCUUGCUGGAGAACGUCUUGGUCAUUGUGGCAAUAGCCAAGAACAAGAACCUCCAUUCGCCUAUGUACUUCUUCAUCUGUAGUUUGGCAGUGGCUGACAUGCUAGUGAGUGUAUCCAACGGAUCGGAAACUAUCGUCAUCACGCUUCUAAACAACACCGACACAGACGCACAGAGUUUUACCAUAAACAUUGACAAUGUCAUUGACUCAGUGAUUUGCAGUUCCCUGCUUGCAUCAAUUUGCAGUCUCCUCUCAAUAGCAGUGGACAGGUAUUUUACUAUCUUUUACGCCCUCCAGUAUCAUAACAUCAUGACGGUGAAGCGCGUAGGGGUUAUCAUUACAUGCAUCUGGGCUGCUUGCACAGUGUCAGGCAUUUUGUUCAUCAUUUACUCUGACAGCAGUGUUGUCAUCAUCUGCCUUAUCAGCAUGUUCUUCACCAUGCUCAUUCUCAUGGCCUCCCUCUACGUCCACAUGUUCAUGAUGGCCCGGAUGCAUAUUAAAAAGAUUGCAGUUCUUCCGGGAACUGGCCCAAUUCGCCAAGGGGCCAACAUGAAAGGGGCCAUCACUCUCACCAUCCUGAUUGGAGUUUUUGUUGUGUGCUGGGCCCCAUUUUUCCUGCACCUAAUCUUCUAUAUCUCCUGCCCCUACAACCCUUAUUGUGUGUGCUUCAUGUCCCACUUCAACUUUUACCUCAUCCUCAUCAUGUGCAAUUCCAUCAUUGAUCCACUUAUCUACGCGUUCCGGAGUCAGGAGCUCAGGAAAACAUUCAAGGAGAUUAUAUGCUGCUGUAGCUUGAGAGGGCUUUGUGAUUUGCCCGGCAAAUAUUAAACGGAGAUGGAUACCUUACUGUGCACCCACCACGUAGCAGAGACUUCCAAGCCUUCAGAUCCUCUUUCUCGACAGAAUGUGGGCUAUAUCUUUAACAGUGAACAACUCUCUGUCUCUCCCCUCCUUCCCAUGCUUGUAUCCCAUUCAUGUGUAAUUCAUAUUUCUGUAUAGUAUUUGUGAUAUCUGCAGCUUGUAAUUUAUUUGACGGGGAAGAGAAGAAAAGUAACACCUCACACCGGUUUGUAAGUAAGCAAAUAAAUGUAAAGACAAAUGUGAAAUAUUAACAAAC